UCGGCUUGCUGUAAGUUGUAAGUUGUAACAAAGGAGGAGCCACCGGCCACGUGCGCAGACCAAGCCACGUGGGAGCCAUCAAAACCUCACACAACAGGAUAUUUAGAAUCUAAAUCUAAAUUUUAGAUUUUCACUUUAUUAUAAUGCUUCGAAACAAACCAAUCAACAAAAACGUGACGUGGCUGAGUAAGAAAAUACCAAAUGGACAGAAGUUCACAACCUUUCAUUACUACAAAAAGUUCCAGUUUAAAAAGAUAGUUGGUGAAAUAGGCGAUUUCGUGCUGAUAUCGAACGCGGAUGUUGCAGAACCUGAUACCGAAGGUGGUUGUGAUGCAGCUAAAAUAUUGGCGUUAUAUGAAGACAGUUCAAAUAAUAAUAAUCCUUUUAGAGCAAAAGUGCAAUGGUAUUCAAAGCCUGAUGCCUUGCCUAAGGGCUGCUAUAACCAAGCUGAACCUAUUAAUUUUUACUGUAGAGAGGUAUUUGAAGACCAUCGACCAUUGGACACAGAUGUAUCAAUUGAAACAUUUUUUAAGAAAUGCUCAGUAAUAUGUACCUUUACAAGAGAUACAGAUGACAUACUGCACAAUCAGAAAUACGCCUACAUCUGCAGAUACAGACUAAUGCCACUAGGCAGAGGGGAAACUUACUUAGAACCAGUUUUAGAAGAAGAAAGAAAAGCUAUAGAACUUUUAUGUACUCCUAGGAAAAAUAUUACACCAAAUACCCCUGAAACCCCUAAUAGUUUGGUGAAACGUAUGAGUCGAGUUUCUAUUUCAGACAAAAAUUGGAGUGUUCCUAAAAGUGAUGGCACUAAACUACUUCAUAAAAGAGCUAUAUCAGCUGACAAGACUGAAAAAGAUACACCAAAAGUUACUACCCGAAAAAGGUCCAAAUCUACAUCCGUAAUAGUAGUCACAACAAGCCCAAAAAGUUCUAAACAAACUGUGGAGGCAAAAAGUCCAAAAAAACCUAAAAGAUACAGUGUUGAGGAAAAACUUCGUGGAAAUAAUAAACCCGAAAACGCUGCGCUAAAAAGUUUGAAAUUAGCAGUAAAGACUCCAAAAAGUUCCAAGAAACUUAAUAAAAAUAACAUUGAAGAAAUCCUCUCCAUGGAACUAAGAGAAAACUCAGAGGAUGAAUUACCCACACUUAUUAUGCAACAAAAUGCUGUGACACCAAAAAGAAAGACUCCACAACGUAAGAUAUGCAAUGAAACUCCAAAGGAAGUUCUUGUAUUCGAGGAUGAGGAAGAUACUAAUAUUCCUCGUGAAACCCCUACAAGAAGAUCUGCACAAAAGAGUUCUGAAAGCGAAGAUGACUUUAAAUCUUUACCUAAAAUACCUAAAACAUCAAUAGCUCAAACCCCUAGGACUCCAAGAACGUCAAUUGCUAAAACUCCUCAAAGUGGCACGAGAAGAAUAAUUACUAGCCAACUUACACCAACAUUGCAAAAAAGGGCACAUCCUAUUGAAAACAUUGAUAAAUUUAUAAUAGAGAACAAGGCAUUACCAGGAAGAGAAAGCCAAUUGAGGGAAAUAUUUACAUUUGUGAAAAAUAAAUUGCUGCAUGGUACAAGUGGAUGCAUGUACAUAUCAGGCGUGCCCGGGACAGGCAAGACUGCGACCGUGGACUUUGCCCUAAAGGCUCUGAAGGAGGAGCAGGAGUUACCAGAGUUCCAACUAGUACAAGUGAAUGGCAUGAUGAUUGGCAAACCCAGACAGGCCUAUGUGAAUAUUUACAAGCAACUCACAGGCGAAUCGGUAGUUUGGGAGCAAGCUUGCGACCUGUUGGAGAAACGUUUUACAAACCCUGGGCCGCGCAGCACACCCACUGUAUUAGUUGUCGAUGAGCUAGACGCGUUGUGCAACAGACGACAAGAUGUCAUCUACAGUAUAAUGGAGUGGGCAACUCACAAUACCGCCCUGCUGACCGUGCUAGCUAUAGCCAAUACUAUUGACCUGCCAGAGAGAGCGCUGAAGCCUAGGGUGGCCUCCAGACUUGGCAUAACACGGCUAUCCUUCAAUCCGUACUCGCGCACCCAGCUACAGUGCAUCGUUGCUACCAGACUAGUCGGGGCUAAAAUAACUCCAGAUGCUCUGCAACUAAUAGCCAGAAAAGUAGCAGUAGUGUCAGGUGACGCUCGUCGCGCGAUUUCUUUAUGCGAACGCGCGUUAGAGUUGGCCGCGCCCAACUGUGCCGGGCUCAGGGAAGUCCAGCUUGCCUUAGAAGAGGCGACCACGAGCGCCACUGUGAGGGCUAUACGAUGCUGCGCCCCCGCUGAGAGACUCGUCCUGCGAGCCAUGGCGGCUGAGGUGGAACGAACCGGCUCAGACGAGACAACCAUGUCCCGCAUGCUAGCGACCGCAGCCACCCUCGCAGCUCUCGACGGCCGACCGUAUCGAUCUGCUCCCGAUAGCCGAGCUCCCACUUUCUCCCAGGCUCACGCUCUAUGCGCUAGUCUCUCUGCCAUGCAGCUGAUACAUAUGGAGCCUGAGCCAUCUGAACCUAGGCUGAUUCUCAAUUGUAGCGUUCACGAUGUUCACUAUGCUACUAAAAAGAUUAAUGUGUGAUACGUUCAUUAUGCUACUAAACAGAUCACAGUGUGAUAGUUCAUUAUGCUACUUAACAGAUCACCGUGUGAUGUGUUCGUUAUGCUACUGCACAAAUUACUGACUGUUAUCAGACUGUGUUCAUUAUACUACCUACCAAGACUGAUUACUGGGUAAGAUAAAUAAAACACUAGUUUAAUUUACAAGCUAAAAUUACAUUUCGGUUGAGUGAAUACAUUUUUGUCAACA